AGGAUGCGCAUACCCUCAGAUUUAAGGGGGGAGGUUUGGAGCAGCCCGGACUCUCGUUGUUAAACAGCAUUUCUCCGCCAGGAAUGGUCCAAACACUUUCCAGGAUUGAUUUAACUACAUAUCUUUGGCUAAAACAAAACGACUCACAACAUUUUGUGUGCGGACAUUUUGUCAAAGAGAGUUGAACAACUUUAGGACUCAGUUUUCGGAGGUGAGGGGAUUCAUUUCAUCGCGUUUUGGGAUAAAGGGACUACAUACAAACCAGCGCACAGGCUACACUCGGUGUUUCUCUGUUCAGGUUAGCGAAGUGAGAGAAAACAAACUUGACGAAGAAAAGAAACGAAACCCGGUGUUUGUGUUUCGAAAAAGCAAAGUUAACACCGUGUGGGAAGUUUCUUUUUUUUCUUCACCGCUCGGUUGAUUAUUGGGGUUUCUCCGGAGUUCGGGACAUUCUUUCCCUCUGUCGCAGAAGUUUGGCUGAAAUAUGCGCAAACUUGUUGGCAAAACUUGAAAAGCUUGGAGUAAGUGAGCUUUGUAAACGGGCCACUCGUUUUUAAGUGGACAUACAGUUUUGGAGGACGCUUUUAUUCUGCAUCCAAUCUCAGCUCGGGAGUCUUCCUCAUCUGAACAACACUGGCUGUUCCUCAGCCCACCGACACUAAGUCGAGCACUGCUAAUGCCCUGCUGCUGAUGCCCCGUGGGUCUGAAUGGAGUUCAAGUCGCAGAAAAGCCAGCGGAUGUAGCUCCCUCAGCAGGAUGCUGAUGAGGCCAAGUUUACUUCUGUUUCUGACCUUAUUUUGUCAAGUUUUAAGGACGCAGUGCCGGCCUGGCAAAAGUGAUGAAGUCUGGGUGGAAGCCCCGCCAGAGCAGUUCACGCUCUACCCCGGGACUCGUCUGGAUCUGAGCUGCUCUGCCAAGGACUCCCUCCAGGCGGUCAACUGGACCAAAGACCACGUUGCACUUGUGAAUGGAGAGCACACCCGCAUUCACAACGACCAGCUGGAGAUCGAGAGUGUGGAGCUGACCGACUCCGGUCUGUACAUCUGCACCAGCUCCGACAAUCACAGUGUCUUCUUCAACGUCACAGUUGAUCCCCUGGCCUCCAGUGAGGAUGAUGAUGAAGAUGAAGAGUCCUCAUCAGAGGAACACAAACUGUUGGGCAGUCAGAAGCUGAUGCCGAUGGCCCCACAAUGGGCUUUUCCGGAGAAAAUGGAGAAAAAGCUUCAUGCCGUUCCAGCCAGUAAGACCGUGAAGUUUCGAUGUCAGGCCAACGGCAACCCGACUCCCACUCUGAAAUGGUACAAGAACAGCAAGGAGUUCAAGAGAGACCAUCGCAUCGGAGGCUUCAAGGUCCGUGACCAUAUGUGGACCAUCAUCAUGGAGUCUGUAGUCCCCUCUGACAAGGGAAACUACACCUGUGUGGUGGAAAACCAGUAUGGCAGCAUCAACCACACAUACCAGCUGGAUGUAGUCGAGCGCUCUCCCCACAGGCCAAUCCUCCAGGCUGGUCUGCCGGCUAAUCGCACUGCAGUGGUUGGCAGCGACGUGGAGUUUGAGUGUAAGGUGUUCAGCGACCCUCAGCCUCAUAUUCAGUGGUUGAAGCAUAUCGAGGUCAACGGGAGCAGAGUUGGUCCUGAUGGGUUGCCGUACGUCCGAAUUCUUAAGACCGCUGGCCUUAACACCACGGACAAGGAAAUGGAAGUCCUCCAACUGAGAAAUGUGUCUUUUGAUGACGCUGGGGAGUAUACCUGCUUGGCGGGCAAUUCUAUCGGGUUCUCUCAUCACUCUGCAUGGUUGAACGUUUUUGAAGCUGUCCCACACUAUCCCCCAGCCAACCACACCUACCUGGAGGUUGUCAUCUACUGCGUGGGCUUCUUUUUCAUCGCCGUCAUGAUCGCCAUUGUAAUCAUCGUUAAGAUUCGCACCUCCUCGAAGAAGAGCGACUUCAACAGCCAGCUGGCUGUCCACAAGUUGGCCAAAAGCAUCCCAUUGCGCAGACAGGUGUCUGUUGACUCUAGCUCCUCCAUCCACUCUGGAGUGAUGCUGGUUCGUCCCUCCCGUAUUUCAUCCAGCGGAUCCCCGAUGCUGUCGGGGGUGUCUGAGUAUGAACUUCCACAAGAUCCACGCUGGGAGCUUCCUCGAGACAGACUUGUUCUUGGGAAGCCGCUGGGUGAAGGCUGCUUUGGUCAGGUGGUGAUGGGAGAGGCGCUGGGCCUCGACAAAGAGAAGCCAAACCGUGUGACUAAAGUGGCAGUCAAAAUGUUGAAAUCUGACGCCACAGAGAAAGACCUGUCAGACCUGAUUUCAGAGAUGGAGAUGAUGAAGAUCAUUGGGAAGCACAAGAACAUCAUUAAUCUGCUGGGAGCCUGCACACAGGAUGGUCCUCUGUACGUGAUAGUAGAGUACGCAUCCAAAGGAAACUUGCGGGAGUACCUGCGAGCUAGGCGCCCACCAGGCAUGGAGUACUGCUACAACCCGGACCAGGUACCUGUGGAAAACAUGUCCAUCAAAGACCUGGUGUCCUGUGCUUACCAAGUGGCCCGCGGCAUGGAGUAUUUAGCUUCCAAAAAGUGCAUCCACAGAGAUCUUGCAGCUCGUAAUGUUCUGGUUACAGAGGACAACGUGAUGAAGAUUGCUGACUUUGGCCUGGCUAGAGAUAUCCACCACAUUGAUUACUAUAAGAAAACCACCAAUGGUCGUUUACCAGUCAAGUGGAUGGCUCCCGAGGCUCUUUUUGACCGGAUAUACACGCACCAAAGCGAUGUCUGGUCAUUUGGGGUGCUACUUUAGAUCUUCACUCUUGGAGGCUCUCCAUAUCCUGGUGUGCCUGUGGAGGAGCUGUUUAAGCUGCUGAAGGAAGGACACCGCAUGGACAAGCCCUCAACGUGCACUCAUGAACUGUACAUGAUGAUGAGGGACUGCUGGCACGCUGUCCCCUCUCACAGACCAACAUUCAAACAGCUGGUGGAGGACUUAGAUCGCUCCCUGGCCAUGACAUCCAACCAGGAGUAUUUGGAGCUCUCUGUGCCUCUGGACCAAUACUCCCCCAGCUACCCGGACACCCGCAGCUCCACCUGCUCCUCUGGCGAGGACUCUGUCUUCUCCCAUGACGCCGGAGCUGAGGAGCCAUGCCUGCCAAAGUUCCCUCCUCAUUCUAACGGGGCAGCCAUUAAGAAACGCUGAUACCUCAUCUUCAUGCAGACAAACAUUGACACUUCCUCUGCUCCCUGCCUCACGGGGUCGGACUCUUCCCCACAUUCCCAGAGAUGAAGCUAAAAAAUACUGGUGCUCUGUGAGAAAGGAGCUCAGAGGACACAUCGGAGAACAUGUCGGAUCACAUGGACUGAAAAAGCAAGCAGAUUCACGGUUCUUGGUGGUGACGAUGUUUUUAUGGGGCACUUUGCAUUAAUGGGAGCGGCAGUUUGUCAGUGUCAGAAAAAAGCUCCCUCUCUUGUCUCCACUUGGGCAUUCCUCAAGUCAGGAGAAUCUGAAAAAGACUGACUGUGAUUGUGUCAGGUUACGUUUGUUUUGUUGUUUUUCUGCCCUUAGCGGUUAUUUCAUCAGUAAAUGUUCUGCAUUUCAGACCAAAUCCAGAAAAAAAUUUAACCAGCAGUGCUCCAUUCACUCUCUUCUUGUAAAUACAGUUAGAAAAUUAUAAAUAUGAAUAUAUAUUUACAUUGUACUCUUAUUUUUAUUACCAUAAUUGAUUUAUUUCUUUUGUACAAGGAUGCUUUUGUUUAUCUAUUUUUAAUAGUCUGUAGGGGCAGUUGUUACAUGAGAAUAUCUUAAAAAUUGCUGAGGAUGAAAUGGCCAGUUUGUUUUUGCUUCCCCUAAAUUUACUGCGUAAUCAUGGAUGGAGAAAUAUAUAUUGGGUUUUCUAUUUUUUAACUGUAAGUGCUUUUUAUGACACAACCUAAAGAAAUGGAUUUAUGAAAACACGUGUUGACUGUGUGUCUGUGUAUGCGGCUGACUGACUGUGUGCGUGUGUAUGCGGCUGACUGUGUGUGUGUGUAUGUGUGUGUGGAUAAUCUGUCUUGUUUCCAUUCAAGAUUGUUCAUUUAUUUUAAGGAUGGUCACAACUGUAAAUAUUCCAGGUUGUACACCAUGCUCGCUAGCAUCCUUCAGUCAACAUCAUGCACUUCCACUGUGCAUGCCUUCCAUGUGAUGAACUUUAUCUUCUACUGUAAAUGCUUUAACAGGAGUUACAUUUGCUGCCAUAUAACUUCUGAUGAAGGGUUUCAGAACACGUAUGUCAUCGUAAAAGGAUUACAUUAAAUAAAAUGCUAUUGAAAAACAAA